AUUCGACUUUUAACGCUGAUGCCGGGGAAUGUAGAUGACUACAUUGAAGUGGGCAUCACGUACGUCGCGCUGAAUGAGUCGGCCUGGAACCUUGGUAUCAAGUCCAACAGACUGCCAAAGCCAGAGCUUCAGAAAGCGCUCCCAGACGACUGGCAGGUCCUAGUAACACAUGAUGGCCGGUACCUAUUCGCUCAGCCGGGCAUGUUUGGCAGACCAAAUUCGUGAGACCACCCAGACCCACAGCUCGAUCGCUCUUUAUAUGACAUUCAUCAAGAGAAAACACCGGAGUUUGAACCAAAGUACGAAGCCUUGUCUUAUGUGUGGGGAUCUUCGGGAAACCGGGUGGAAGUCAAAGUGGUCGACAGUCCCAGUUGCCGAGAGUCCGCCACGAUGCAGCUUGGUCGCAAUCUCCACUCUGCCUUGAAGCAGCUCCGGUACUCCAAUCGUCCUCGCAGGUUGUGGGUAGAUGCAGUCUGCAUUAACCAAGACGACAUCGACGAGCGAAACGUACAGGUCAUGCGCAUGGGAGCCACCUAUUCGCUGGCUACUCGAGUCGUCAUCUGGCUAGGCUCGGAAGCGGAGGAUAGCACACAUACGCUGUCCACCAUUGCCGAUUUCGGGGAGCAGGUGGAGUUCACCGUGGAAGGGUUCCUCGCCGACGCACCCGGAGCAAGCGAGCCGAUGUGGUGGAAUCCGUCACAGCAAUGCCAUACGACGCCAGAACUUGGUCAUCUAUUGACAGCACUCCUUGCCCGGCCCUGGUUCAGCCGGGUGUGGGUCAUUCAAGAGGCUCUUCUCGGCAGCCGCCAGACUAUCAUUCAGUGCGGCGAUGCUUUCAUCCCUUGGCCGCCAUUCCGGAAAGCCGUGCUUGUCAUGAGCCAGAAGGAAGAGCUGCCCCAAGAGCUGCGCAAUUUGACGGACACCUACCGAGGUAACCUUCUUCCCAGGUCGCAUUGGAGCUUGUUUCGCCUCCUUUUGUGGACCUAGUCUCGGCACUGCACGGAUCCUCGCGAUAGAGCGUAUGGAAUACUUGGCCUGGCAGCUCCAUCGAUCGUUGAUCAGAUCAAGCCGGAAUACUCUAAGGCUACUUCGCACGUGUACAGGGAUGCCUUUCUUGCCUACACAGACGCCGUUCAGCGUCUCGAUAUGCUCCAACACUGCCGCAUCGAAUCUCUAGAUAAAAUCAACGGUCCUUCGUGGGUGCCAAAUCGGACAGUCAAUUCUGCGAAUGCUUUCUUUAUGCACAAUGUCUGGAGUUGCGCUAGACAGCCGGCCGGUCUGUCCGGUGCCAAAGCACGGCAUCUAGCUCCGGAUGUUCUCGAGGUGGCUGGAGUACGAUGUGGUACUGUCAGGGGAUGCAGUCAUCGAUGUCGCCAACAUCGUCCUGCUUGAGGAACCUAUA